CCCACCGGAGAGAGCUGACGCCCGGGUCCUAGAAUCCUUAUGGGGGACCAACCUUGUCCCUCCGGGAGAGCCACGCUCCCAUCUGCCAACACGCGGGAAAGCAAGCCUCCGAGAAAGCGCUGCCUCUUAGCUCCACGGUGGGAUUAUCCAGAAGGGACCCCAAACAGAGGUACCCCUCUCCCCUCCGCACCUCCUCCGGCAUCUCCCGGCCUGAAGUCGCAUCCUCUUCCUCCGGAGAAGUCGUAGAAUAGACUUCUCCCACCCUAAGCCAGUUUUGGAGGGAUCGCAGUAGGACUCCAUUUCCAUGCUGCGCUCAUAAAAUAGUUUAUCCAAUGGCGACAAUGAGGGUUGUUGACAAUGCUACCCUGAUUUUUCUGUUCUUCUGCACUGGAAUGGAAAGUGGUGAUUUUUUUAAGUUAAUGGUUUUGCUGGCGAUACUUUGAAACUGGGUAAAUAUCCUGUUUCUCGACAAACUAAAAUCCACUGAUUUGACAGCCUCUGACAAUUCUUGACUGACUCAGUUUUUACUGUGAUGACUGCAAAAUGAAAAUUUUCUGCCAACAAAAGUGACUGCAUUGACUUAUUUCUGAAGUUAACAGCAGGAUCUAUAAUUAGCAGAAAACAUGAGCUUUAU